UUUUAACGUGUAUAUCUCAGCUACGAUACAGAACGACUUUAUCCAGCCUAUAUAGCCAACUCCAUAUUAAUGACGAUAGCCUACAGUAGCAACACUCAACACACACCUCGCUCCACACGAGUGUCUGCGUGACAUCAGCGUCUGACAUCGACACACAUCACACCGUCAUCACCGGACACUUAAAGCGCAGGCGGGAAAUGUUGGAUUCAUCUUCUUCAUCAUCUUCAUCCAGGACAGGUAUUGGCCACUUCUCUGAAUCCAUACAUCCAGUGCUUUUACACAGUGUGCUGAUUUAAUGUGGGGAAUUGCGCAAGAGCUUGUCUCUGAUCGAGUCUCUACUUGAUUUAUGAAACUAUUCACAGUCGGCUCAUCAGCUGAGAUAUCGAGAUCUAUCUUUCACAGACGGUCUUCGCGUCAGAAAUGAGCCAACGGGCGCCUUCUCAAGCUGGACUCCUGCUUUGGAUGUACGUACUGAACAAGUUCUUGGACACAGCAGCAGCUUCUUUGACACUGUCCAUCACGCAGUGUGUGAUUCUGCAGUACAUCAGCAUCACCUGUUAUUGGGAAUCGAGCGACCACCACCUGAACGCCAGCAGAUACAGACUGCAGAUUAACAAAACCCAUUGUGAAAGCAAAGAAAUCUUCAACAAUGUGGGUGUCUGUGAAACCAGAGGGUCUAACUGCUCCAUCCAGCUCAGCACUUCAGCGUUACACUGUUUCCGUGCGGACGUGCUGGCGUACACGAACACUGGAUCCAUGCGCUCACCGCUGUACUUCUUCAACGGUUCUGAAUCAGUGAAACUUCCUCCCCCACAGAUUACACAUCUCAAGCCAUCAGCUGGAUGUUUGCAUGUGGUCUGGGGAAUGACUGAGAGCUUCAUCAAGGAUGAGGAAAUACACAUACGACUCCAAGUGGAGUUCACGACACAUGACCAGACUCGAUCACAGACUAUACCAGCGUUUUCCAAUGAGACACUGGAGCUCUGUGACUUACACCCUGGAUCCAAGUACACGGUGAGACUGAGAGCUCAGGACGAUCGAGCAUCCGCCCACUGGAGCUCAUGGACCUCUGAAGAUAUCACCACAGCGGAGAAAGCCCCGUCUGCGGCUCCUCGGUUCUGGAGACACAUCCAACCUGCAGAAGAAGCUGGAAAGAGACGCCUCACCCUGCUCUGGAAGCCUGUCUCCUGGCCUGAGAUCAAUGGUGUUGUGCUGAGUUACUCAGUGUCCUGUCACAGUGAGCUGGAUUCAUCUCAGUGGACCUGCGGCGCAUUAAACGCAUCCAGAAGCUCCUGCGUCCUCGCCGUCUCAACCGAUCCCUGUCACUGCAAACUGACGGCUACCAACUCUGCCGGGACGUCACCUCCAGCUCAUAUCUACAUACCCGCGGACACAGAUGCAGAACUCCCUCCCCCUCAGAAUUUCAGCGUCACCCCAUUGGACGGCACUCGUCUGAAGGUGGAAUGGACAGCUGCACUGAACCAAUCAGAGAGCGGCUUUGUGCUGCAGUGGAGUUCUGUGCCUCACAGUGGACCAGCUAGUCUGCACUGGGAACAUAUGAAUAAAACUGCAAGAAGUUUUAAUCUCACAGGUCUUCUGCCAGAAGUCCCAUAUAAUCUGUCAGUCGUGAGCCUGUAUGGGCGACGAGCAGGAAGUGACAAGUCUGUCAUUGCCUUCACACAGGAAGGAGCGCCCUCUGUCGGCCCAAAGAUGACAGUGCUGAAGACGAGCAGCAGCGGCGUUGUUCUGAAAUGGGAACCUGUUCCUAUUGAGAAACUUCAUGGCUUCAUUCAGCAUUACACUGUUCUGUACAGUAUAAAUGGCAUAAGUGAGAAGGUUUACACUCGUGCUGAGCAGAUAUCUCUGAGUGGACUAACAGCAGGAACAUAUAACAUCUGUGUAAUGGCUCACACUGCAGUAGGGGGCGCCGCUGGGCCGUGGCACAUGGUGGCUGUGGGCCUUGAGGAUAUACAAGUGAUCCCCAUACUGCUAUGCUCACUACUACUGAGCUUUCUGAUACUAAUAAUCCCAUUAUGCUUGAGAGUGAGGAUUAAACAGUGUCUGUGUCCGACCGUACCAGACCCCUCAAAAAGCAGCCUGUCCGUCUGGUCCAACACUAAACCAUGUCAGCAUAAACUUACGUCCACCAUGAGCUCCAUCAUCUCAAUCGGUCAAGCUACAAGCUAUCAGGAUUAUGCUGGGAAAGACUACGUCCCAGUUCAGGUAUUAACCUACCACACUGUUCCACAUGACGACAAUGAGGCCGAAACCAAGACCGACGGCACUGGAACACACCUGGACCCCAAACCAGCACCAACUCAAGCUUUCCCGACACAUCUCCUCAACCAGAGCUACACCAAACCAGACCAAGUCAUUCCUGAAGACUUGAAGCCCUCCUCGGCCGAUCUCUUGUUUGAUUCACUCUUCAGCUGUGAAAGGAAUCCAGUAGAUUUAGACCCCUACAUCCAUGAGUCCCUGAGCUACGCACCGUUUGUUACACCCGCAGACGCAAACAGAACUCCUGAGCGCGUCGAGUGUUCGCACUUCCAGCAGGUUUUACCGGAGGACACCAACAUAUAGUUCAUCUCAGCGUAAACAACGAGUCCUACGUGACUGGGGUUUCACAAUCCCACUCUCUCCAGCCAGCCCGCCAAAACAUGUGCCCUCAUAUCAAACACCAUCUUUGUGUGCAUUCUGAUGGACAGAUAUAUACACAGGCUGAGUAAGGCUGGUUGGGACAUAAAGCCAGAUGCAAUAGAAACUGUCUGGUGUAGACAGCCUCAGUUCAUUAUAAUGGCGGUGGAUUUACAGACGGUUCAAGAGAUUGGGACUGCUCACUGUUGACCUAGCAGGAACUGCUUAUCCUCCCGUCAGAUCUCGUCGAAGUCAAGGUCUAGUCAUUUCCACAUGCGAUACCUCUCACUAAACCACUUUGAUCUCAAGAAAGAAAAAGAUGCACAAACCACUGAUACCAGUUACAAACUGCAUGGAAAAAAAUGUGCCAGGUGGGAAAAUUGCUUCUGUCGCAUUAAAAUAUUUUAUUAAAACUGUG